AUGACGACCGCCGCAAGACCGACGUUCGAACCGGCCAGAGGAGGCAGUGGAAGAUCAGAGAAUGAUCUGGGAGCCAUGUCGAAACAGUAUUCCAGUCGGGAUUUGCCCGGACAUACAAAACUGAAAUACAGGCAGGAUGGUCAGAACUCAGCCAGUGACGUUCGCAACAAAGAUUUCCGUAGAGAAUUAGAAGAUAAAGAGAGGAAUUUAAGAGAAAAAAAGAAAAUCCAGACCUCUGCCCCGUCAUUACCAUCUUUAGUAUCAAAAAAGUCUAGAUCAGAGCAAGUACCUUUGUCAACAUUGGAUGCAGAUGACCCAAUUGAUGAAGACGAAUCAGAUGACCAAGAAUCCGAUGAAGAUGAUUCGGCAGACCUGAUGGCUGAACUGGCGAAGAUUAAGAAGGAGAGAGCGGCCGAGCAUGCUAGACGAGAGGCCGAAAGAAAAGAGGAAGAGGAGAGAGUCAGGAUGGAGAACAUAAUAAAAGGUAAUCCGCUACUCAAUCAGGACAAGGUCGUUGCAGAGUUCAAGGUCAAACGAAGGUGGGACGAUGAUGUGGUCUUCAAGAAUUGCAGCCGACAGGAUGAUAGUAAAAAAGUUAAGCAUUACAUAAAUGACACCCUGCGAUCGGAGUUCCAUAAAAAAUUCAUGGACAAAUAUAUUAAAUGA